UGGGGAUAUGGGAAGGAAAUAAGAGAUAAACAUGCAGAGAAAAGCAAUGUGUAACAACAACAAUAACAUGAUGCAUUUAAAGACCAAAAGCAAACUAGUGACCUAAUGACUGUCGACAAAGUGAGUGAAACUACUAAUAGUAUUAUGAAUGAAACUGAAAAGAAGUUCUUCUUAAGGCACUCCUUGAGUGUUAAUAAAUAACCGUCAAUUGAACGGAUUCAUUGGACGUAAUCUACCUUUGCACUUUAAGUUAUUACGUCAAAACUCAACGGAAUCUGGCUCAUCAAGAUUUGCUGAAAAAAGAUAUAUCAAUGAGUAUCUAUCUUGAAAGCUAACUAUGGGGAAUAUGGAAGAUGACCAAGCGGCUAGAGAGGCCAAUAAGAUUUGUGGAGUUUGUGGAGACAGAGCACUUGGCUACAAUUUUAAUGCUGUCUCCUGCGAGAGUUGUAAAGCUUUUUUUAGGAGAAAUGCUUUGAAGAAUAAGGAGUUUCGCUGUCCUUUUUCUGAAAAUUGCAGUAUAACACCAGUUACAAGACGUUUUUGUCAAAAAUGUAGGUUGGAUAAAUGCUUUCGAAUUGGCAUGAAAAAGGAAUAUAUAAUGUCUGAUGAAGACAAAGUUUUAAAAAGACAGAAAAUUGAACAAAACCGAGCAAAGAAAAGACCAUGUAAAGAAAAUUAUAAAGCAGUAAAGGCAAAAAAAGAAAGUUUAGACGAUCCUAAUUUUGAUGAUUCUACUUCUAUACCAUCUGUUGCUUCAGUAGCUUCUGUUAUGUCUGAAUCAUACUUUUGGGAAUCAGACAAAAAGUAUGCUGACCUUGAUGCCAACAAGCAAUCUACAGUCGAUAGUUUAAGUCCAGUUGCAGCUGCUUGUGUUCCAAGCCCUUCAAGCCCCCCUCAAAAUUGCGACAUUGCUAGUAGUAAGACUUUAGAAAUGUUAAAAGAUUCAUCGCGUAAUUCUAUUCUCAAUUUUACUCAACACAGUCAAUCUGUUACAUAUGAAGCAGUGGACAUAGAUAUUCCGAAAGGUUCUCCAAGUCAAGUGGACUGUCCAAGUCAAGUGAAUUUUUAUUCUAGUGCUAAAGAGAGUAUUGAGAGUAAAGGUCAAUCGAACAAAGUUAAUGAAUCAGUAUUGAAAUCUUCAAAUCGAUAUUGUUUACGUUCCAUCAAUUCAUCUGUAUCUUCACCGAAUUGUUCAAAAUUAGAAAAGAGUCCACCAGCUUAUACUAUGUAUAAGCUGCCAGAAGAAGAAAAGUCUCAUAAUGAUUUGAAUGAGUGUUUGUCAAGUAAUGAAAUAGAAGAAACUGUUCCAAGUGUGCCUAUACAUUGUUCAGAAGAAGCAAUAAUGUGCCAGAAAUCAAAAGAAAACUGUAUAAAUAGAACUGAUCUAGUUACAAAGAUGAUACAUGAUCCAGAAUUAGUUGCUAAACUAGUUACUAAUCCAAAUGUUAUUGCUAAUGUUAUUAUUCAGGACCAGAGUUUGUUUACUAAAUUUAUAAAAGAUCCAGAAAUCAUUAGUAAGCUUGCUUCUGACCCUCAAAUAUUGCAGUAUUUAGAAGAAGAUAAAACAGUAAGUUCUCGAAUUCAAGAAACUGUGAAAACUAAUUCACAUCCUGAGAGAUAUCUUGACAAUAAAAUUUCUAGUAAUCUUAACAAGAAUGUAAUUGACAGUAAUCGAGGUCACGUCGAAAAUCCUAUUCUAACAAAUCUUAUUACAACGCAUAGAAAAGAAGAACUAAAUCAAAGAAAUGAUAUUCCUACAACCAGUGAAUGGCAUGAUAUUACUGAUGAAGUUACUAGGGAUGUUUUACAAGAUGUAGAAAGGAUACCAAUAACUGCAAAUUCAAUUGAAUCAAUCCUAUGUGAAGCUAUAAAAUUAGAGUUUUCUGCUUACUCAAGCUUUGGUGGUAGUCAUUAUAGCAGAGAGUUAAAUGAUGCUGAGAGGGCCAAAUUAAAUGAACUUAUAGUUGCAAAUAAAGCACUUUUAGCUCCAUUAGAUGACGAUAUUACAAAUUUGAUAGGUGAAGAAUGUAAAUUUAAGGCGAAUCCCGACCACGCAGACCCGGCAUUACUUGAUGUUAUAAAUUUAACUGCUAUAGCUAUUCGAAGACUGAUUAAAAUGUCAAAGAAAAUCAAUGCUUUCAAAAACAUGUGUCAAGAAGAUCAACUUGCAUUGUUAAAGGGUGGUUGUACCGAAAUGAUGAUGUUACGUUCAGCUAUCAACUACGAUCCUGAUAAAGAUAGCUGGAAAAUUCCUCAUAGCCAAGAUAGAAUAUCAAAUAUCAAAGCAGAAAUAUUAAAAAAAGUUAAAGGAAAUUUAUAUGCUGAACACGCAAGAUUUGUCAGAACAUUCGAUUCCCGCUGGCGAGACGAAAAUAUUAUUUUAAUUCUUUGUGCUAUAACUCUAUUUUCUCCUGAUCGGCCAAGAGUUGUUCAUAAAGACGUAAUUAAACUGGAACAGAAUUCAUAUUAUUACCUACUCAGAAGGUAUUUAGAGAGUAUAUAUCCCGGAUGUGAAGCUAAAUCAACUUUUAUGAAGCUAAUUCAAAAAAUAUCAGAUUUGCACAGAUUGAAUGAGGAAGUAGUUGGAGUUUAUUUGAAUGUAAAUCCGUCUGAUGUCGAGCCAUUAUUAAUCGAAAUAUUUGAUUUAAAACAUUAAGUUUCAUGAAAGAUUGCGAUUAAAAAUUAGAAAACUCUAACUCAACAGCAAUAUUCUGCAUUUCCGAAUAUCUUUUUAAAAAGGAUAUAAUAAUAAAUUUUAUAUUCCUCAAUUUUUAUUUCAUUAUACAUUAUAUUACGAAUAGAUUUCGGGGCUUAUUAAAUUUGUUAGCGAUUUGUAGACUAUUGAAUGUACGUAAUAUAGAGUUGUUUUUUAAUGUAUAUACGAAAAUACUGUGAAUAUCGUGGUUACACAACAAUUUUUAUUAUUAUAUGUAUAGGAUUAUGUGUAAUUAAACAUAUUCGUACCUUAUUGAAAUUUAACAAAAACUUUUGUUUUUUAUGUUAGUAUAAAAUAAAAUAUUGAAACUUCAAAACUUGACAAACAUAUUUUGAUAUAGAAACUAAUUAUUAUAGUAAUGUUAUGUUUUAUAUUAUUUGAAAGUAGAAUAGUUUAUUGUAAAUUUUGUGAAUUUAUCUUUAUGUUAUAAUAUUAGUAAUCAUUGUUAUAUUCCUAAGUGCAAUUAUUUCUGCAUUAUUAUGUAAACUAUGUAUAUUAGUUAAAAGAUAGAUGCUUACGCCAUUAAUCCACUUGUUUAGAAUCGAUUUUAUUAUGAAAUGAUCCGCCUGUAACAUAAACUUAACAUUAUACACAUGUGAUAUAAUAAUAAAAUAUUUUUUUUCAUAAAUUUACCUUAUUCAGUGUAUUUUAAACAUUUUUUUCUAUUUAUUCAACGUUUAUAUUAAGCAAUGAGUUGAGCGUUUGUUAGUUUUCUUCAUGUGAGUCAAUCGCGAGUUGGUGGAGCAAAUGCUCCAAGUAAAAUAAAAAAUAGCGCAAGAGUUAGUAAUAACGAUAUAGAAAGAAACAUCACAGAAAAGAUAAAAAUAACGCUGUAAAAUACACCUUUAAUUAUGGUGCAAACAACCGAUACGGUCCAGUUUACGA